CAGCCACAGCCCAACGAUGGCACCGCCCCACUUCCGCCCCUGGGGCCGCCCCGCAGCGGAAAUGGCGAUGCGGAGCUGAGCCCAUCCCUUUCCGGCCCCUCACGCCGCCGCCGCCAUGCCUCUCGCCAAGGACCUGUUGCACCCGUCCCCCGAGGAGGAGAAGCGCAAGCAUAAGAAGAAGCGGCUGGUGCAGAGCCCCAACUCGUAUUUCAUGGACGUCAAGUGCCCCGGCUGUUACAAGAUCACGACCGUGUUCAGCCAUGCCCAGACCGUGGUGCUCUGCGUGGGCUGCUCCACGGUGCUGUGCCAGCCCACGGGGGGCAAGGCCCGGCUCACCGAGGGCUGCUCGUUCCGGCGGAAGCAGCACUGAGGCAGCCGGGAUGCCACGGAGACACACGGGAAUUCCGCCCUGUCCCUGUCGCCCCCUCCGCUUCCCGCUAAUAAAUUUUGGAUAAAAUACCCAAAA